CCCUCCCUGACCCCACAGCAGCCCUAUGUGCCCCCGGCACAGCCCCUGGGCCCCCCCAGCCCCAGCCCCGCCGGGGGGGCCCCGGACCAGCUCAGCAAGACCAACCUCUACAUCCGGGGGCUGCAUCCUGGCACCACGGACCAGGACCUGGUCAAGCUCUGCCAGCCCUACGGGAAGAUCGUCUCCACCAAAGCCAUCCUGGACAAGACGACCAACAAGUGCAAAGGCUACGGCUUUGUGGACUUUGACAGCCCCACGGCGGCCCAGAAGGCCGUGACGGCGCUGAAGGCCAGCGGGGUGCAGGCGCAGAUGGCCAAGCAACAGGAGCAGGACCCCACCAACCUGUACAUCUCGAACCUGCCGCUGGGCGUGGACGAGCAGGAGCUGGAGGCGCUGCUGAAGCCCUUCGGGCAGGUGGUCUCGACCCGCAUCCUGCGGGACCCCCACGGGGCCAGCCGGGGGGUGGGCUUCGCACGGAUGGAAUCCACGGAGAAGUGCGAGGCCGUCAUCACCCACUUCAACGGGAAGUACAUCAAGACACCCCCGGGGGUGCCAGCCCCCCCAGACCCGCUGCUGUGCAAGUUUGCUGACGGGGGGCAGAAGAAGCGGCAGAGCCAGAGCAAGUUCGUGUCCAACGGCAGAGCCUGGGCCCGGGAUGGCGACGCGGGCACCGUGACCUUGGCCUACGACCCCGCGACGGCGCUGCAGAACGGGUUCUACCCGGCGCCCUACGGGCUGGCCCCCGGCCGGAUGCUCCCCCCCGCUGCCCUGGCCCCCUACCUGCCCUCCCCCGUCUCCUCCUACCAGGUCCACGGCCCCACCUGGAUGCACCAGUCCUACCUCGUGCAGCCCACGGGUGCGGUUCUGGCCCCCGCUGUGGAACACGCCGUCCCCCUCCAGCCCUCCGUGGUGGCCCCCCUGGCCCAGCAGCUCGGCCACCUCUCACUGGGCAGCACCGGCACGUACGUCCCCGCUGCCGCCGCCGUGCCCGGAGCCUUCAUCCCUCCGUACCCACCUGUGCCACCGGCCCUCCCGCUGGAGGACGGCGGAGCCGCCCCGACCCACGGCCCCAUCGAGUCGCCGUCCGAGCCCGGCGCCUUCCCCUACCCCUACCCCAAGUAGCGGCGGGGGGGGCCCGGCCCGAGGGACCCCACCCACCUCUUGGGAGGGGCUGCACCGGGACCCUCGCCCGGCUUGAGGGACCCCGUGCCCCCUGGGGGGGCUGUGCCGGGACCCCCGCCCGGUGCUGCC